AAGCUACGUCACGUCAGUGUGCGAAAGGUAGAGGGCUGCGGACAAUGCGCCGCUAGACAAGCCAAUGGCGGGACGUCCCUCCAAGUCGUGGGUGGAAGUGAAUUGUCGGAUGAAGACUGGUUCUAGGAUGUGGCAUGAAGCCCGUAAGCACGAGCGGAAGCUUCGGGGGAUGAUGGUGGAUUAUAAGAAACGGGCAGAGCGUCGCCGGGAAUAUUACGAGAAAAUUAAAAAGGAUCCUGCUCAGUUCCUUCAAGUUCAUGGAAGAUCCUGUAAGAUCCAUCUGGAUUCUGCUGUGGCUUUGGCUGCAGAGAGCCCGGUUAACAUGAUGCCUUGGCAAGGAGAUCCCAACAACAUGAUUGAUCGUUUUGAUGUCAGAGCUCACCUUGAUUAUAUACCAGAAUAUAAACCUCCUCUUCUUUCAACCAUCUCAUCUGAGCAGGAAUCUGAUGACCGAAAGUGCAACUAUGAACGAUAUCGAGGGUUGGUUCAGAAUGACUUUGCUGGAAUUUCUGAAGAACAAUGUUUGUACCAAAUCUACAUGGACGAGCUUUAUGGGGGGCUGCAGAGACCAGGAGAAGAUGAGAAGAAAAAACUUUCCGAGAAGAAGGCCUCUAUUGGGUACACGUAUGAGGACAGUACCGUGGCCAAUCUAGGGGACUCUUCCGAUAAGGAUGAGGAAGAAGACUCGGAUGACGAGAGCAAGUCUGAUGAAGAUGAAGUCAUCCCAGACAUUGAUGUGGAGGUGGAUGUUGAUGACAUCACCGAAGAGCAAGUUGCCGAUCUGAACAAGCAAGCAACAACUUAUGGGAUGGCUGAUGGAGACUUUGUAAGGAUGCUACGUAAAGAUAAAGAGGAAUCUGAAGCAAUUAAACACGCUAAGGCUUUGGAAGAGGAGAAGGCUAUGUACUCUGGCCGGCGCUCGCGCCGCCAGAGGAGAGAGUUCAGAGAAAAACGUUUGAAAGGGAGGAAGAUUAGCCCGCCCAGUUAUGCCAGAAGAGACAGUCCAACGUAUGACCCUUACAGAAGGUCCCAGUCUGAUUCCUCCUCUGUUUCCCGUUCUCGUUCUCCCACUCCUGGACGAGAAGAAGCGAUCACUUUUAUUACCAGCUUCGGGGGCAGUGACGAGGAGGCAGCUUCUGGGCUCACGGCACAGUCUCCUUCCGGCGGCAACAGCGGCGGCGGCGGCAAACGCGCUCCCCAUACACAGGCAACGGGGACUUCUUCAGGUCAUAAAGAGGCCUCCCGAAGGAGAUCAUCCUCCUCUUCCUCCUCUUCUUCUUCAUCUUCGUCCUCGUCGUCUUCCUCCUCCUCUUCGUCACGGUCCAGAAAGUCUUCUAGGUCUCGAUCCAGCUCUCGAUCCAGGAGAGGUAGUAUCAGGCGGCGGUCUGGGUCUCGUUCACGAUCCAGAAGGUACUCUCGAAGCCCGGUGAGGCGUCACUCGGGUGGCGGCGGGACAAGGGACAGCAGGAGAUAUUCUAGAUCCUUGUCGUCAGAAAGGGAUCGCUAUUAUGGAGCAAGACGACGGUCGAGAAGCCGCUCACGGUCACCAGACCGCCAUGGGCGCUCUACAAGGGGCGGUGGGCGCCCACGGAGCAGCAGCAGUGUCUCGCGGAGUCCAUCUCCAGCACGCGAAAAGGGAGCAAGACCAGCAGUGUCCCCAGCGCUGGGGGAGCGUUUGAGAAAGCCUGAGCCUGCUGUUUGCAGAGAGAGCGGAUCAGCCAAAACAAAGCUGACUCCGCAGGAGAAGCUGAAGCUCCGGAUGCAGAAAGCUUUGAAUAAGCAGUACAAGGCGGAUAAGAAGGCUGCUCAAGAAAAGAUCAUUCAGCAGGAGCACGAGCGUCAGGAGCGCGAGGAUGAGCUUCGGGCCAUGGCACGGAAGAUUCGCAUGAAGGAGAGAGAACGGCGUGAGAAGGAACGCGAUGAAUGGGAGAGGCAUUACACCCGAAGCAGAACCCCUUCCCCAAAGCACAGUCGAGAAUACAGCUCGUCCAGGAGGAGGUCCCGCUCACGAUCCAGGAGUCCUCACCACCACCGUCAUUAGCUGUUUCUUAAUACGUUGUUUUGUUUUUGAAUAACACAGCUAGGUAUGAAUACGAUUCUUACCGGAGUUAGUGGUACAUUCCGUGGGACAGAAUUAGCUUUGGUAACUCGAGGGAGCGCGCUUCUUUACUCCUGUGGUGUCAUGAGCAGCCGGAAUGGCUGAUGUGGGCAUUACUGAGUCUUCCCAAGACUUGUCUGGUGUCUUCCUGAGAAGUCAAAGGUUUCGGCGUUCUUGUCCCAUGAAAUUAAUGCCCUUCUUGUACAGGCCUUUAAAUGGAACAGUCAUAAGAAAUAGUUGCCUCUUUCAAACAGAUGCAACCAGUUCAUAAUAUAUUUUGUUUUCUUUAGCUUUUAAGUUAAAAUUCAUCUGAUUGAGAUUUAAUGGCCUGCGCUACUCAAAUGCAGAUACAUCGCUAGGGUAUCAUCCACUGUGACUACAACGUGACAUAUAUUUUUUAAUGUACUAGAAUGUCGUGAUGCAACACAAAAGUGAUGACAGAAUAAGGUGUUUUUUUAUUUUUUUUUUGCUCCCGGCUCCUCUAUGAACAAUUUUUUUCAAGUGAAGAGGCGAUGUCUUUGUUAUGGGCCCCAGGAGGAGGUGGUAGGAGUACAGCUAAGCACACCAAAUGGCCAAGGUUACCUUCUCCAGAACUUGUGUAGUGUAUAUGUAAAUAAAAUCUUAUUGAUUCUUAAAUCCAAAAGAA